CUAUAAAUACCACACUUUCAAUUUCGACUCUGCAUUAAAGAAAUCGAAGCUUUUUCACUACACCCAAAGUAAAAGAGUGAGACUUUGAGAGAUUUUUUGGGAAAAAAAGGAGUGGUGAGAGAAAUGGCAACUUUCCCUGUUAUCAACUUGGAGAAGCUUAAUGGUGAGGAGAGAGCAGCGACCAUGGAGAAAAUCAAGGAUGCCUGUGAGAAUUGGGGCUUUUUUGAGCUGCUGAAUCAUGGGAUUCCCCAUGAUUUUCUGGACACCGUUGAAAGAAUUACCAAAGAACAUUACAAGAAAUGCAUGGAGCAGAGGUUUAAGGAACUGGUAAAAAGCAAGGCCCUGGAGGGUCUCCAGGCAGAGGUGACUGAUAUGGAUUGGGAAAGCACAUUCUACUUGCGCCAUCUUCCUGAAUCAAACAUUUCUGAAAUCCCAGAUCUCACUGAUGAAUACAGGAAGUUGAUGAAAGAAUUUGCAUUGAAAUUGGAGAAACUAGCAGAGGAGCUCCUGGACUUGUUGUGUGAGAACCUUGGACUAGAGAAAGGAUACCUGAAAAAGGCCUUCUAUGGGCCAAGAGGUCCAACCUUUGGCACCAAAGUGAGCAACUACCCACCAUGCCCAACACCAGAUAAAAUCAAGGGACUCAGAGCGCAUACAGAUGCAGGUGGCAUCAUCUUGCUCUUUCAAGAUGCCAAAGUGAGCGGCCUCCAGCUUCUUAAAAACGGCGAGUGGAUCGAUGUUCCCCCCAUGCGCCACUCCAUUGUUGUCAACCUUGGGGAUCAGCUCGAGGUGAUCACCAAUGGCAAAUACAAGAGUGUGGAGCACAGAGUGAUUGCCCAAACCGACGGAGCUCGCAUGUCAAUAGCUUCAUUCUACAACCCUGGCAGUGAUGCUGUUAUCUACCCAGCACCAGCUCUGCUGGAGAAAGAAGUAGAGGAGAAGAAACAAGUGUACCCAAAAUUUGUGUUUGAAGACUACAUGAAGCUAUAUGCUGCACUGAAAUUCCAGGCCAAGGAACCAAGAUUUGAAGCCAUGAAAGCCAUGGAAACAAAUGUUCCCAUUGCAACAGCUUAAAUCCUGGAGCUUAUCAUCGAGAAAAGGCUUUUAUUAUAUUAUUUCAAACUACUUUGAAGUGGUGUGAAAAAGACUUAAAAGACUCGGAUUUUUACUAUAGAUGUGUGUUGAUUUAUUAUUGUAAACAUCAUCGGCAAUUUCUAUUCUACAAUAAUAUUUUAUUACUAUUAUGAACUA